UUAUUAAUUGCUGCAAUUAUAUUCAAACCAAACGAGAGUGUCUCUCUGUCCGGUCCACAACAUUGCUCCAUGGCACCCCACCGAGUGACCUGCUUUUCGCUCAGGUCUUCCUUUCAUUCCAAGUCAGGAGCCAGGACAAUCCAAAGACAGUCCCACAUCUCUGAAAUACUUAAAAUUCUUCUCUCUUCCAAAAAGGUGACUUCACAAGCACUUUGUCUGACACCUUUCUACUGCCUGCUCCCCUCCAAGUCCGGAUACACUCGGGCGGGCGGCGGGGUAGGGUCUGCAAGGCCGGCUCCUGAUAAGAAUUAUCUCCGGGGAGCCGAGUCCGCCGGGUCCCCGGGGGUGGUCCCAGCCCGGUUCCCACCGCACCGCCCCUGCCGCAUUCCUGAGCCGGGAGCGCACCGGGGAGGGGGUCCGCCUACCCGCGCCCCCACCCCCAGCCAGGUGAGCGCCGCCGGCCUCUCGGGGGUCUGCUCACCCGGGCCCGGAUGCCGGGACCUGUCGAGGCUGGGUAGCCCCAAGGGCGGACAGAAAAAGAAGGGUUUUCUACUUUGUCGGUCGAGGGCUGGAUGUCUGAGUUCGGACAGGUUCCGGGACGCUGGCCAGCUGCGCGCGCUGCGGUGCGACCCGGCGCGGGACCUGUUGCAACCCGUCCCCACCCCGCCCUCGCCGGCGCGGCACCUGGGCCCGGGAGGCGCGGCCCGGGCGGGCCCGCGCUGCCCUCCGCCGCCCGACGCGCAGGUGACUCCCCGCCUCCUGCGCCCUGGGCCUCCUGGGACGCGAACCUUCGGCGCGGGCGCGGCUGUGCACGGCGCGGGGCGCUCCCGGCGACAUCCAGAUACCUCUCUUUCCUUCAUGAAUGGACAUUUGAAAGUGCCCUUGUCAAAGAUUUGCAAGCAUGGAGUCCUCAUCAAUGCUGUCCUCCUUGAAUGACGAGUGUAAAUCAGACAAUUACAUUGAAC